AUGCCUAGCUGCAGUACGAAAGCUUGCAAGCUCUGCCGCGGGAGCAUGUUAAUGACGACUCGACCUCGUCAGCCUCUGAGCGGGUUGACCUCCCUACCCGCCACGAGUACAGAAUGUCAUGCUCAUUGCGCUUCCUUCGCAUGUCCAGGCUGCGUGACCAAGCAUCGCGAAACGUACUCAAUACUGAAUAUGAAGAAUCACAUCUACGACUACCAAUGUGGCGAUUGUAUGGCAGAGAUUCAACUUCCGACGAGUCGAAGAGGAUCGAUGGAGAGUGAUGCAGGGUCCGAAUCGAGCAUCUGA